CGCGGAGCUCAAUCACUGACAGCACGCUCUUUCCCAGAAGCCUUUCCUCAUAUUGUACACAAUCAUCAUGGCGGCGCAGGAUGGAAGUGAAGUAGUAGGAAUGGAGGCUGAGGUCACGCAGAAGGUACCAGAAGUGUUGUGUGAAGCUGCCGGACAAGGAGACGAAGCAGGCAGCGAAGCAACAUCUCUUACCGAUGGUGAAAGCACAUCAGCUGAGCCUGCUGCGGUCAGCAAUGGAGAGGAAAGUGACGAGGGGAAAGAGAUGGUGGAAGUGAAAAUCAUCUGGAACAAAAACAAAUAUGAUCUUAAAAUCCCUUUAGAUGGCACCGGUGCUAAGCUGAAAGAGAAGAUUCACGCUCUCACUGGUCUUCCACCCGCUAUGCAGAAAGUGAUGUAUAAAGGACUGCUACCCGAGGAUAAGACGCUUCGGGAAAUUAAAGUUACAAAUGGUGCAAAGAUCAUGGUGGUCGGAUCCACAAUAAAUGAUGUACUAGCUGUAAAUACACCAAAAGAGGUAAUUCAGCAAGAGGUUAAAGCCGAGGAGAACAAAAAGGAGCCAUUGUGCAGACAAAAGCAACACAGAAAAGUUUUGGACAAAGGUAAACCAGAUGAUGUCAUGUCAUCAAUAAAAGGAGCUAAGGAGCGUCUGCCAACAGUGCCUUUAUCAGGAAUGUACAACAAAUCUGGCGGUAAAGUACGACUAACUUUCAAACUGGAACAGGAUCAGUUGUGGAUCGGAACAAAAGAAAGAACAGAAAAAAUCCCUAUGGGUUCCAUCAAAAAUGUUGUGACUGAGCCAAUAGAGGGUCACGAGGACUAUCAUAUGAUGGCAUUUCAGCUGGGUCCGACAGAAGCCUCACAAUAUUGGGUCUACUGGGUGCCUGCACAGUUUGUUGAUGCAAUCAAAGACACAGUUCUGGGAAAAUGGCAGUAUUUUUAACGUGCCUCUAUAGACACUGAAGAAUUGGGAUUCAGAGAAGAGAUUGAAAAAUAUUAACUGGAGCCAACACCGUAAUCUGAAGAACUGAUUUUUUUUUCUGAAGUAUAUCCAGAGCAAACCGAAGGAUUGCUGUUGGACUAAAUAUUUUGGGGGGGGUUUUAAGUGCACUAAGUGUCAGCAUCCCGUUUUUCAAACGAUUUCAUCACUCGUUUUUUUAAAAGCAAUCCCAAGCAUAAGCAGAAAAAUUGUACAGAACUUGCAUAUACAUUUCUCGUAGUUAUUCUGAAAGAAAUAAAAAUUAUUUAAGGAAAACGACUGACGCAGUAGAACGAUUUCAUCGAAAAUAUUCCUCGGUUUACCAUUUAAUUCAAGCAAACUUACCAAAGUCGACAGUUCACACGAUUGAUUAUUUUGCUCUCACUUUUUGUCAUUGCACAGAUUAUAGUUUACAUGUAAAUCAGCUGAAAUAUGGAAUUAAUCUGGGUUAAGAGAAUAGGGUUGUAUUCAUUUGGAUGAAAAUGUAUGCAUAGUUACAGAACUAUUAAUAACACAUAGAAAAAUCUUAUAAUUUAGUGUUGAAAGAGAGGGGGCUUGAUACAGAAUUACAAGGUUAAAGAUGGUAACACUUUAAAAUAAGGUUUUGUUUGUUGACAUUAGCAAGCAAUUUAUAAUUAUGAAACAUCACCUCACUUUUUCCAAACCUAUAUGAGUUUCUUCUCUUAAACAUAAUAGUAGAUAUUUAAAAAAAAUACCUCAGUUGGCUGGCACCCAUUGGCUUCCAUAGUAAUUUUCUCCUACUAUGAAAGUCAAUAGGCGCUGGCAACUAUCAUUAUUCAAAAUGUUUUCUUUUGUGUUUGACAGAAGUAAACAACUCCUAAAGGUUUAAAAACACGUGAGAGAGAGUAGAUUAUGAGGUUAAUUUCAUGUUUGAGUGAACUAUCUUUUGAACUAAUGAACCGCUUUAACAGUAUUUACUUACCUUAAAUAAUCUCAGCAUUUAGGCACUAAUACAUAUUUAAGAUCAGAGUUCAUGUACUGAAUAAUUAAUGAGUAUUACAAUUUGGGGUUCAAUAACCCAACAUUUCUUAGAGUGCAUGAACAUUUGUAGCAUUAGCAAAACACUUUGUUGUCUGUUCAUGCUAUAUGCAGCUAAACUAAUGUUAACAAAUGAGACCUUAUAUUCUAGUGUGCUGUGCAUUUGCUCUGCCUCUGUGAUUUCAGCCCUCUGAUACUUUGAAGGUGGCAAAUUAAUCACCUUAAUAUUGUCUUAUUAAACACAGCAAGGCAAUAUAUCCUCUUGAAUCAGAUAUAUCAGGGAGAAGAGUGUUUAUGUGCCCAAUCAUAUAACUAGGAUGCUGAUGAUUCACCAUUCUGAUCAUGCAUGGUUUUUUGUUUUUAAACAUGGUGCUAACCAUUGAUAAGCAUUUUUAUUUCAAUAAAGCCCAAAGGAAGGACAA